AUGUCUGCCGUAGUUACGCUGACUCCAUUGAACGAUUCUUUUCAAACGAAAAAAUUAGUACUCUCACCAUCUGUUACAUACAAAGUAGGAAGACAUACGAACAAAUCGACUGCUCCAGCGGCAUCCAAUCUGUAUUUCAAUUCCAAGGUGCUUAGCCGACAGCACGCGGAAAUAUGGAUGGAAAAAGACUCUCUUAUUCUUUACGUUCGGGAUGUAAAGUCUUCUAAUGGAACGUUUGUGAAUGGAAAUCGACUGUCGUCUGAGAAUAAGGCUUCGGCACCGUGCAAAUUAAAUUCGGGAGAUGUUUUGGAUUUUGGCGUGGAUAUUUAUAAUGAGGAAGAAAUAAUUCAUAAAAAAGUUUCUGCACAAAUUCGAAUACUCACGCGCGGAGUCCCCGCUUCAACGGGUCCUGCUCGACAUUUAGAAACAGAGGUUAUGCUGGAUUCAAUUAUGCGACAAAUGGCAAUUCAAUACCGGCGAUGUGUAGAAUUGAAUGAGGAUUUAGAAAAUCUAGAACAUGAUGUUCAAGGAAUGUCAACAACUGCUGGGUUCAUUAACCAUUCCAUUCAUAUAGACAGAAAGUCUUCUCUUCGAGCCUCUGAUGGCGUAAAGUCUGCCGAAUCUUCUUUAAUGACUCGUGGUUCUUUGUCCACAUCCUCAGUAGAACACGAUUUUCUCUCCCCUUCUUCUGUUGAGGUUCCAAACAAGUCUACCGACGCUUCUUCUUUUCUUUCAUUGCCCCAUAAACAUACCUCCGAUGCUGCCAUCCGGGAAGCUGAAUCAACGAUAGCAAAUUUGGAAACUUGGAAAGCGCGUGCAUUUACAGCUGAAGCAAAGCUUUCGAUAAAAAAAGGCUGUUGGUACAACAAUCGAGCUUUCUUCCUUUCCCCCUUCUUCAUCGCCGUUGCUGGAGUUAUCGUAUACCUGGGAUAUUGGAGGUAG